AUGGCCGACACGACAACUCCCUCCGCCAAAUACCUACAAGCGCGCAUCUCCCACCUCUCCCUCACCCUCCUCCAGCGCUUCCAAGCCCUACUCGACACAGCGCACGACGCCGCCGAAGGCGAAGACGGCCCCGUCCCAGGCUCCGAUGCCCCCUCGCUAUCGCCCGAAGACGUGGCCAGCAAGCAGCUGGAUAUCGAGGUGGGAUCGACGGCGCUGAUACGGGCGGCAGAGGAGAUCAUGGUGCUGACGCGGGGUAUGAAGGAGCUGUGGCUGUUUGGUGGCCUGGAUACGCUGGCGGAGGUGGAGGGCAAAGGUGAUGGCAAAGGGAAAGAGGAGGAGAGGAGGAGGUUGUUGCAGGAGAUGGCGGAGGUGAGGGGUGGGUUGCAGAAGUGGUUGAGGGAGUAUCCUCAUGUGAGAGAUGGAGGGGAGGUUGAUGAGGGGGCUGGGAAGAGAGAGAGCGAAGAAGAGCGAGGGGAGGCGGAGAUGGCUGUUGGUGAUUGA